AUGAGCGCGUCCCUCCUACGUCUCUCAGUUAUGGCCUCUAAAUGCAAACAGAUGUCAGUCAGCGUCAGCAAAGAUGCCGCUGUUUGCUUUGUUAGCCCCCUGCUGACGGCGGUGGCUGACGCGUUGCCCGACACCCGGCUGACAGAAUGUUCCCUCUGUAUAUCAGUAUACCUCUGUCACAGCUUUCAGCGAAUUCCUAGGUACAUCUGCACCACCCAGUCCGGUACAUUAACUCCAGUGUCUUUGAUAAGCAUAUCCAGUUACUUGGCACAAGUCAACGUAAUUCCGGGAUUUCCGGACUAUAUCUUUGACAACUACGAACGAGAAAAGAAAAAGCGCAAGUCGAAGAAGAAUAAGGUGCCCCUGGCGACGAUCGAGGGCCCGACGGAGCGCCACAUCCAGCAGGGCAGCAUCCUGGCCAUCACGUGCAUCGUCCACCACAUGCCCCACUCGGCGCCCGCCCACAUCCUCUGGUUCCACGGCCCGCAGAACAUCGACUACGACUCCCCCAGGGGCGGCGUCUCCAUCCAGACGGAGAAGGCGGCCCGGAAGACAGUGAGUAAACUCAUGCUGUCGACGGUCACCUUGGAGGACACAGGCGAGUACAGCUGCGCCCCGUCUGACCUGCAGCCAGCUGUGGUCAACGUCCACGUGCAGAUUGGUGAGGAGACCGUGGGCCAAAUCCAGCAGCCGGUGAAGCAGGGGCCGGGCCUGAGCGGAGCUGCCGUCACCGCCUCCGUCAGUAGCGCUCUCCUGGCCAUGCUGUUGGUCGCCCUCGCCUGCGUCAAGUGUCGGGUGUUUGCCUGAUUCACGUCCUCCUUCAGACACCUCCUUUCGGCCGUCAUGAAGAGAGGGAGAUGAUAAAUCAGCGGGGGAAAAGGAGGAGGAGGAAAGGAGGAUCAUGACGAGAGGGAAAGGGUCUUGAGAUGGAUGGACUCUGAAGGGGCGUGUUCGUUGGUGGUGGAGGAAGGAGAACGAAGGAAGGAGAACGAAUGAAGGAGAACGAAGGAAGGAAAACGAAGGAAGGAAAUUGAAGGGAGGAGGAAGGACGGCCAGGGCUGACGGCGAAGGGGGAAGUGGGACGAGACGAUAAUGAUGAUGGUGCAUGACGCAGGGUGAGGAGACAGGAGAGGAGAAAGAAGAUUGUGAACGAAGAGACGAAAAGGAAUAAAUCGAUGGAAAUAAGAAAGAAAAGGCGAGGAAGAGAAAGGAACCUUUUGGAUGCUCAGGGUCUAUCUUUUUUCAUUAUUUUUUUCUUAGCUGUGACGAAAGUAUAGUAGCUUUUUUGCGAAGAAAAAAAUAAAUAAAUCAAGUUUAUUAGAAGUCGAAAGAGGAUACUUCUCUUAAACGACUCCUUUUUUCUUUGUUAUUUUUGGAUUCCAGAUUGUUCUUUCUUUUGAAGUGCGUGGAUGAAGGUCGUCCCCAAAAAACAGCAAAGGAAAUUCCUAGCCUGCAACUCGACCUUGAAACAGAGUUGCCAGCGAGUGAAUAUCGGGGGCGUCCAGAUGUCGAAAACUGCGGAGGUUUUGUUUCGUCUUAAAGUUACAACAAAUGUUUGUUUGUUUCUAUUAAGAUAAUAGGGACUUUUACAUUAUAAGACACUAAUGUAAUGGCAUUUCAGUGGAAUUUUAUAAAAUAUAUAUAUUUCUAUAUGUAUAUGAACCUGUACAUAAUUACAUUUAUGUA